GCUUCCCUGUCUUUUUGCCCCGGGCCAGGGAAGGCCGAGCUGGGCACGAGUGCCCGGGGUUCUCCCGCCGGCCCUGAGGGGCUCAGGUGAGUGUCUUCUUCCUCAUCGCCGAAGAUCACCCUAGCAAGGUUUGGAAGUGGAGGUGUGCCAGAGUCACGUGACUGUUCCCCCCCCCCCAUGGUGACCAUAUUUCCUAAUCCUUCUGCCGUCAAGUAACCGAGCAUUUAUUAAGCACCAACUGAGUAUCGGGAACUGUGCCUGGUAAUACGAAACCCAAAGGGACACCGGCCUGGCCUCAGGAAGCUUCCAGUCUGUCAGAAGGAGCAAUAAGAACAACAUAUAAGUAAAUAGAAAAAUAUACUGAGCGAAUACAAAGUCCGCGGGCAGGGCGGGCGAUCUUCAGAGUUUUAAGGAUGAUUGCUCAAGUUUUAGGGCUCUCGAAGCUCUUUACACACAGCAUCCCAUUAAACCCUUCACCGCAGCCCUGGGAGGAAGGUGGACGGAGUAGCAUGAAUUAGCCUCUGCGUUUCACAGAUGGGAAAACUGCGGGCAAUGUGACUUCUUGGGACCCCAGAACUGGAUGGUGCCUUAGAGAAGAACCCUUCAAGUGUCCCGGGAUACAGGCGCCCAUUCACCCGGACUGACAAUUCCCCCCUUUUUGGUCCUACUUUUCAGUGGCUCUAAUGAUGGACUCUUUCCUUUCAGAAUUUAAAAACCCAAACUCUUUAAUGUCCAGUAAUCCUGUUCAAGCAAAGCAAGUACACUCUGGCCACGUCUGGCAUGUACCGCCUUCCGCAUCUGAAAUCCGUCACUGUUUCAGUCAGCACUGGCUGCUCGCUUCAUCACCUGGAGCUGUGACUGCUCACUUCACAUAACAGUCUUCGUAGGACUUUCAAGGUGGUCGCGGCUUUCCCUGCCUGCCAUGGCUCUUCCCCCUCCUCCGCCACAGUUCGUACUUCGAGGGGCACAGUCGGCAGUAAAUACCCUGCACUUCUCCUGUAGGAAGCAGGCGCACAGCCCCCCGCUGCUGUUCUCUGGGUCACUCAGUGGACUGGUACAUGUCUGGAACCUGCAGACAAGAAGAGUGGACACCACCCUGGAUGGCCAUGCAGGGCAGUCUGUGUAUUGGGUGAAGACUCUCGCAGACCAACACUUGCUCCUCAGCCAAGGCCGAGACUUAAAGCUGUGCCUGUGGGACCUUGCAGAGGGCAGAAAUGCCCCGGUGGAUUCCCUGUCCCUGGACAGCGUGGGCUUCUGUAAAGGAUCCAUCCUCGCAGAAGGGACCCAGGGCUGCUGGCUGCUGGCAGUGCCGGGGAAGGGCAUGGAUGAGGUUCAGGUUUUGGACAUGCCAUCCAAGACGUCAGUCUGUACCUUGAAGCCAGAGGCCGGUGCCAAAGCAGGCAUGCCCAUGUGCCUGGAGCUGUGGAAGCCUGCCUCCAGCUCCUGUCCACUCCUGCUAGCCGGGUACGAGGACGGCUCGGUCAUCCUGUGGAACGUCUCUGAGAGGAGAAUGCUGAGUCGGCUUUCCUGCCACAAGGAGCCAGUCAUGAGCCUUGACUUUGACGCAAGAAAGGCCAAGGGGGUGUCGGGCUCCUCGGAGAAGGUGCUCUGUGUCUGGAGUCUGGAGGAGCAACAGAACCUGAAGGUUUGCAGAACUCAGGAGCUCACCAAUCCCGGCAUUGCGGACGUUGCCAUCCGGCCAGAUGGGAAGAUCCUGGCGACAGCGGGCUGGGAUCAUCGCAUUAGGCUCUUUGGCUGGAAGCAGCUGAAGCCCCUGGCAGUGCUGGACUACCAUAGCGCAGCUGUCCACUGUGUGGCCUUCUCUGAUCCUGGGCAGCCGAGCGAGCAGCUGCUGGCCGGUGGCUCCAAGGACCAGCGCAUCAGCGUUUGGGCAGUGUACAACCAGACCUGAGAGGAGGCCCUGGUGGGCCCUUCCUCUGUCUCUCUCAACAAGGGCCCCCAGGGGUGGUGAUGAACAGGGGCUGGACUUGGCUUGGCAGUGGUUUGUAUGAACUCAGCCUGGACACACUUAUCUUUUCUUUGUAUAAGAUAUUUGAGGUCCAGGUGAGGUCCCACAAGACACUCAGCCUGGUGGAGAAAGCUCUCUUUCCAACUGGGUCUCAUGUCCAAGAUACAUAAGAAAUGGAUUGAAGUUUCUAAGAAUAAGAGUCAUUCCCUAAUAGAUAGGUGGUCAGAGGAUAUGAACGGGCAGUUUCCCAAGAAUCUACACCAUCAAUAGCCAUGUGAAAGAAAUGGUCCACGUUACUAAUGAAGAACUGCAAACUUAAGCAAUCGUGAGGUUCCAUUUCACAGCCGUCAGACUGACAAAGGUGACAAAGGGGGGAAAUAAUAAAUGCUGCUGGGGCAGUGGGGAAGCGCCUUUGUGGGGGCUGUGAAUGGUCCUCCCAUUCUGGAAAGCCAUUGGGAACUAUGUCCAGAGAGUUACCAAGGUACGGAUCCCUUUGACCGAGUGACAACCGCUCCUAGGCCUGUCCUCCAAAGGAUCAGAAAGGGGUACAGAUGGACAAAGAUGUCUGUAGCAGCUCUUUUUCUGGCAGCAAAGAACUGGAAACUCAGGUGCGUGGCUGAACAAAUUGUGACAUGGGAAUGUGAUGGAACUGUUGUGUUAUAAAACGAAGGGGUUGGUCCCAGAGAAACCUGGGAAGACUUGUACGAACUGAUGCAGAGGCAAGGAAGCAGAACCAGGAGAACAGCAGGAUGGUAAGGCCUGGGGACUCUGCAGGGUGCCACCCACCUCCAGACAGAGCCCAUGGAUCGGUAGGUUUCGUACACACCCAGUGCAGGAAUUUGUUUUGCUUGACUGAGGAUUUCGUUGUUUUGUUUUUUUCCUACUGGGGCAAGGGAGGUGGGAGGGAGAGGAGAUAAUUUUUUUUUUCUUUGCAGGGCUGUGGGGGUUAAGUGAC